CACCCAAUUCUAAGCAAGUAAGCAAGCACAAAUACUACUCAAAGCAUCUUAAUUGUAAGAAGCUCUUCUAGCUCGCCUACAUUUUCCCCCUCAACUCUUUCAAGUUAAAAUCACCUGCCUGAUCGAUGGACCGGGUGACGAAGCUGGCUUCUCAGCGUGCGGUGGUGAUCUUCAGCAUGAGCUCCUGCUGCAUGUGCCACACGGUGACGCGCCUGUUCCGCGAGCUCGGGGUGAACCCGACGGUGGUGGAGCUAGACGAGGACCCGCGGGGGAAGGAGAUGGAGAAGGCGCUGGCGAGGCUGCUUGGACGCAGCCCCGCCGUGCCGGCGGUGUUCAUCGGUGGAAGGCUCGUCGGCUCCACCGACAAGGUCAUGUCGCUCCACCUUGGCGGCAACCUCGUCCCGCUGCUGCGCAAUGCCGGCGCGCUCUGGGUGUAGCCUGGCGCCGGCUGCUCUGAGUCAUCUCAUCACACACUGGAGAAUAACUGACGUGUGUGCUUUUUAUCAGGAGACGGAGGAAAGUAACUGAGCAGGCCUUUUUUCUGCACUGUAAUAAUCUAUAGAGGGGUGAGUGUGUUGGAUCAGGGUCUUUCGUGCUGUAAUGAUGCAUGUUUUGAUAUGUUCUGCCUCUUUUUUUCCGUCCGUAUCAAAAGUUUCAUCAGAUUCAGCAGUUUGAUGUGGCAAAUAAUACGAAACUGCAUGCUAAUAAAGUGGCAGAGCUAGGAUUCCUCCA